GCGUCGCCGCCAAGGAAACGAGCGAAACAACCGAAGCAACGAACGAAAAGGCCCGCUGGCGGGCCCCUCCGAAGUGCGACCAGCUACGCGAGGCUCUGCGGCCCCCCCCUCGCGAAAGGACCCCCCAAAAGCCCCCACGGGGCCCCCCGUUAUCGUCCGGAGCCGUUGUGAGCGACAGUGAACGAGACUACGACACUUUUGGACGCCGCACCGCGCUGGAUUCGCCGAGACCAACUACGGGAAUAUUCAAAAAGCAGCCCCCUCCGAAAGAAUUCGACGGCAGCCGGGCCUCGUCGCGUUGCUCAGCCACGCUCGGGCCUGAGCCUCAGGCUAUGGCCCGGGCGCCGUGAUGUCCAGCUCGGCAAGCCUCGAGGCGGGAGCUACGCCGCCCGCCCUCAAGAUGUCCAGCCGGCAGCUCCUCAAUGUCAGUUCCCUCAGCAAGCACUCCGCGGCAGGAACACCACUCCUGGUGGCCGCAGACGCAGCGAGACGCCGGCUCCAGCUGGCUUCGGCGCCCAGGCUGGCGGUGCAUCAGCUGCUGGGGUCCCUGGCGCUGCUGUGCCUGCUGUCCCUUCUCAUGGCCUUCCUAGCACUGUUCUUCUUGCAACGGGUCGCCAGCGCAGGGCCCAACAGUGCCAGCAGCCCCGAGGAACACCUCGCGCUAUACCAGGUUGCGGUGGCCAUGAGCACACUGACAAUCUCGCUCAACCUGUGCUGUUUGUUCGUCUGCUGCAUACAGUUCCUACUGGGGGUCAAGCUGCUGAGGACGCCCAACGGGCUGGACAGGACAAACAUGUUCAUCAAACGCAGCUCCCACACCCGGGUGCUGGCCAUUGCAGGGUUCUUCUUGUCAAUACCAGUCUUUUUCACAGGGGUGAUCCUCUUCACCUUCAUCCAUUUCCACGAGCUGCCAGCCAUCGUCACGAGCGUCGUCAUCGGCCUCGGCAUCGUCUUCUGCGGCGUUGCCUCCGUCCACAACGUCUACCUCUGGCAAUGGGAGAAGACCUGCGCCACCCGUGAGCUCGUCGAGAGCAGGGCGCUCGGCGUCCAGCCGGACCUCACCCACACGCUCGAACUAUCCACCCUUGUGUGACCAGAGCUGUGACUGCCGUCCUUGUGACUCCCAUUUGCCCGUCCGCCCCCAACCCGAGUCGUCCGUUCAAGAUGCGGGAAAUCUUCCGCCUGAAGUACGGCAGAUCUUCAGUGAGCGUUACGGAGAACUUUCGUGGUGCUGUGCGGGUUCGCAAUCUUCUGCAAAAGCUGGUUAACGCGUUUGCGUUCUCUCGUAACUGAGCGUAUUGCGUUCUCGUGUAACCCCCCAACACACUGGCGCGAACCAUCGGGCAGCUCUGGAACAGUUCCGACCUGCGUGUAACUAAACUGAACGUUUCGCGCUUAAGGUGAAAGAAUGACGUGUAAAAAUGGACAUACACGGGUUGGAAGUGUACCAGGACUACCCAGUAGAUGGCACCAGUGCACCAGCAUGAUUAAGGGGUUACAAAAGGAAAGGUGUAACACUCGGUUACAAGAGAAAGGAAAUGUGUGAAACAGCCGCAAGAGUUACGGGAUUUUCUGUUAAUAGUUAUGGAAGAGCACUUGUGUGGGUUACAGACGCCAGCGUACUCGAAGCUGUGCUUCGCCUGUGUCGGGGGAGUAGUCCAGUCACGCGCGCCGCCAUUGUACAGAAGCUUCGAUUAGCUUUCAAAGUAUUUUAUUAUAGAGAGAGAACAAGGUGGGGCAUGUGGCGAAACGUGUCUCGGCUGCGAAGACCGCGGGCAGACGUGCAUUUUCGUCGCAGCACCGCCUCCACUUGCACCGUCGCGCAUCCUUUGUGCACACUUCGCACUCUUCUGCAUCGAUUGUUUGUUGUCAAGUACAAAAACCAACUACACAGCACUGCCCCUUUUGAACAAACGCUGGAUACGACCGUCCAGCCAUUUUUGUACAUAAAAAAACUCGCAACGGAGAAACCGCUUGUGUACUUACAAGUGGCUUUCUCUCCCCUUUUGCAAUGAAGAAAUAUAGUUGUCUA